CCGGAAGUUCCUUCUCCAUGGAAAUGUGUAAACAACAAGGCGUCAAGACGGAAAUGUAUCGUGACUUGUGAACUUGUCCCACCAUGUAGCAAUCGUAUGGAAAUAAUGAAACAAUAAAAGUGAUUUGAGGGGAAUGGAAGCCUCAGGAGGCUGAAGUGUUCAUCAUCAGAAACGAACUUGAAGAUGUCGACCACCAUUAAACCUUCUGAUGGAGAGAAGGGGGCCCCAGGGGGUGGCUCCCUGAGUAAGAGUACUCACAAGAAAUCUGAAUCUGUCGGCGGUGAAAUGCAGGGUUACGUACACGAACCUAAGAAUGUCAACGUCCACCAGUUCUACCCAGUACUGGAACAUACCUUCACAAAGAGCGCCAGCAGGUUUGCCGAGGAACAGCAGCACCAGAUGGAGGUUGCCAUUAAACAGUUUGUUGAGGAGGAGAACGGGGGUGGCAUGAGGGCAAUCACAAGUGGCGGGGAUGAUGGGGAAGAUGCUGAUGGAGGGGAGCUCCAGGCUGAUGCCAACAACUGUGCCGAAAAUGACCCCCAGCUGUUCCGUGCUAUUUGGGGCAAGAAGCCCGAGCCCCAGCCCGAGCCAGGUGUGUUCUCCACCGCGGUGGAUGAGGAGACGCUGGAGGCAGCGAUGGCCAGGAACAAAAGUAUCUUCACCACAGAAGAGUGGCAGACGGAGUCGAAACCCGCCACGCCCGGCGGGGGACAGAUUAUCAGUGACAGGGCCGAUGAACAUUUAAACAGGUCCGAGGAGUUGAAGAAGUCUGGGGACCACGUGGCAGCCAUCAAGUGUCUGACGAAGGCGAUAGGCCUGAUGCCGGAUGACUCAGUGUUUUACAUACAGAGGGCCGAGAGCUAUGUCCAGCUGUGUGACUUCCAGUCCGCUGUCCUCAACUACAAGAAGGCAUGCCUCCUGGGACCCAGCAAUGAGAAGAUCUACAGUCGGCUGGCGUUCCUCUACUACUUUCAGGGCCAAAUGUUGUUUGACCAGCACCUGUAUGCAGAGGCCCUCGAGUCCUUCUCCAGGGCGGCCGAGAUGAAGCCUGACAACAUCGGCUACCACAUCAGAAGUAUCUCCUGUUUGGCGGCGCUGCAGCGUCAUGGAGAGUGCCUGGCAUUGGUCAACAAACGGCUGGAGAUGGACAACACCAACGCAGACCUCUACAUCAUGAGGGCCAGGUUGCAUGAGAUGUUCAGAAACACGACUCUGUGUUACUACGAUGUGAAAGAUGCCCUGGCCCUGGACACGGAGCAUCCUGAAGCCCAGAUGAUGAUGGCCGCCCUGGAGCAUCGAGCAGACGACAACAAGAAACAGGCCAUGCAUCUGAACGUCCUCAGCAAACACAGAGAGGCUCUACAAAAAAUAUCCAUCGCCAUAGAAACGAACCCCUCGGUUGCCGGGUACCAUGUCUUAAGAGGAGCUCUGCAUAGGAAGCUUCACGACUUCAACGCGGCCAUAGAUGACUUCCUGUUGGCCCUUGACAAGUGUGAUCACGAUGAAAGCAAUCCAGUGUACGCCGACUCACAGCGACAGCUUCUGUUGACUUACAAUGACUUUGCUGUGGAGUGCUUCACCAAGGGUUUCUAUGAUGAGGCCAUCAUUCUUCUGAACAAGGCCAUAAAGGGAGAGAAGAAUGAGAAGGGACUCUACAUCAACAGGGGAGACUGUUUCUUCAAGCAGAACGAGCUGAACUUUGCCCUGCAGGACUACCACCAAGCCAUGGAGCUGGACGCCGGCGACCAGGCAACCAAGUCGCGUAUCGCCGUCAUACACAAUGAGUUCGGGGUGGGAGCAUACCAGGAUAAGAACUAUGCUGAGUCAGAGGUGAAGUUCACAAAGGCUAUCCAGUACAACCCCCAUGUUGGGCAGUACUACAUCGCCCGGGCACGCACCAGGUACAUGCUGGAGAACUCAACUGGAGCUCGCCAGGACCUCAUCCUGGGCCUGCUGCUCGACCCCACCAAUGAGGAUGUGAUCUCCAUUCUGUCCCGCCUCUUCCCGGGCAAGUCUGUGGCCGACGUCGUCAACAGCCCGGUCGCCGACGCCGCCCGCUACACUCUGGAGAAUCUUGUAGCCACAGCUUCCCCAAUCCGACUCCAACCACUGGACAGGUUGCAGGGUAGCCAGACAGUGGGUCAAGACCCCAGGCAUGACACACGGGAGGAGGAGGGAGGGUUGUCUCCCCCUGACACCCAGAUGUGGCGGCCGGGAGGGGGCAUCCCAGCCCUGGCGCUGUGUAUUGAGGAGAGAGACUUCAACUUGAUGUUUGCCCACAAGAAGAAGAAGGCGAACACCCGAGUGAAAGACGCGAUGUUCAACCGCAAGACCCUCAAGUACAAUGGCCCCCGCAUGGCCCCCCUGCCUCCCCCCACCUCCCAGCCCCGCUACGGGAGUCUCUCCAUCAGGAAGCAUCAUGUCGUUACCCCUGAACUUGGCCAGCAGAAGGGGUACUCCUGGCGGACAUUUAGUCUGGGUGUUGGAACACAGAACUGAUGUUACAAUAAUGGAUAUGUGCCAAAACCUAUUUAUGUGUGAUAUUGUUGGAGGUCUUGUUAAAUGUUGAAUGAAACUGACAAAAAUAAUUUAAUUCAGCUGCUUAUUUCGAUGCCCUGUCCUGCUAAACCUGAUUUCAGAAACCUUGAAAAAUGUUUAACUGCAUAUGAAGUUGUAAAAAUGGCCAAAGUCAUCUGUGGUACAAUAGAAUCCUGUUUUCUGUUGUGCUUCUGAAAGGUGAAUGAGUGACAGGGGUUUCACACUCACUUCAGCUUCAUCUUCUUUUGACAAGAGGUUAACAAAGAACAUUUUGAUAGCCCAGUGCCUUUUUCCUGUUUGAUAUUAUAUUCAAAAUAUAUGUUGUGCAUGGAGUGAUGUCUAUCUGCAGAAAUACAUUACCAAUACAUCACCAGUACAACACCAAUACAAAAACCAGUACAACACCAGUACAAAAACCACUACACCACCAAUACAUCACAAUACAAGACCAAUACAUCACCAGUACAUCACUGAUACAAAAACCAAUACACCAUCAGUACAACACCAAUACAAGGCCAAUACAAAAACCAGUAAAUCACCAAUACAAGAACCAGUACACCACCAAUACAUCACCAAUACACCACCAAUACAAGACCAGUACACCACCAAUACAUCACCAGAAACCACCAAUACAUCACCAGAACACCCCAUAUACAUCACCAGUGCAGCACCAA